CAGAGUCUCUUCCAUCUCCGAUCUAUUGGUCUAUAUAGACGUCUGGGAUUCAAGCAGACACCCGCCGCGACUGCAAUUCCUUAGGUUUUGAUAUCAUUCAACCCCGUCGAGCGAAGUAUUGCCUAGUAGCAACUCGUCUCGCCCGCAAUGGCCAUCCACCCGACUUUGCGCUCCGAAGAACCCUCCAAUGGAGGUCUAUCGCCCCAUCAAACCCGUGCGAUUUCCGCAUGGUCGGAACAGGCUGCGGUGUCUCUGGAGAAUCUGACCUUGUCUGAACCCCGUCUGGUGGACGACCCGGCAUCGCAGGCGACACCCACCCGCUCGGCUUUGCGCGGAGCCACGGUGUCGCUGUCGAUCCCUUUGGAUGACCCAGUCCCCCACACCGAAGACCGCUCUGCCCCUGCGACUAAGCUCCCGACAGUCAGUUUUCGGCGCCGUGAGCCACUUCGCCGCGACAAUCUGAAACGGCGAGAGGCGUUGCUGAAGGGGAAAGACGGAAGCCGUCGCAGACAGCGUUGGGAGAAUGAUCGACUUCUGCAUAACCCGUGGGCAGAGCCGCCAUCCCCCAAUGACUGGACUGUCCAGCCGACCUACACUCGUCAUGACCCGAUGCCCUACUAUCUCGCUCCUCUUUGGGAUGUUCAUUAUGCGCAUGUGGAUCAUCACACAGCAGGCGACACAAACGAUGGGAAACACCACAUCCCGAGGGAACUGCGUCUGAGACUGAAGCGUGCCCGUGCGGCGCGUGGGAUGCUCCAGGACCUCGAGGAGGAUAUCCGACAGUUCAUCCAGAAGUGGAGCGAGAAGCAAGCCCUCCUCCAAAGCGAGGGCCUAGCAGACGCACCGCAGUGGUCAGACGAGGAGUCGGAAGACGAGGUUGUCUUCGUGGGCAGGAACGGACAGAUGCACGAUUCGCCUGCGCGCAAGGACAAACUCCAUCAGAUCCGCGAGGCCAUGAGCUCCCACAACGAGCGCGACGGGGAAAAGAUGGUGCUCGAAAGCGACCUAGACGAUCGCGCCGCGGGAUUCGGUCGCUGGCUUGUGCACUCCAUCGCAUCCUACUACGGGUUGCACACAUGGUCAGUCACGGUGGGCAAACCCGCGCGCCGCGAAGCGUACGUGGGAUUCUACCCGCCUGCUCCGGGAAGCCGGCCGGGACUCGUUGCACCGCCGGGACACUCGACGAGCUGCCGCCAGGAGGCCGUGAUCCAACCGGGUGGGGAGCUUCCGCGGCCUCUGUGGGCACAAGUGUAAACAUAGUCUUGAUUUGCGUACAUAACCUCGACUCAUAUAUCCUCCAGGCUGUAUGUCUGAUAGAUCGGGCCUUGUAAGACAUGGGUACUUGUAUCGUAAGAUAGCCGUUGCAGUAUCCCAUAUGGGUGAAAUCCGUGCCGCGCUC